CACCCACCAUAAGAUGCGUGGGACCCUUUAUUCCACCACAGUAAGACCCUCACACACAGAUACACAGCACCGCCAACCCUCUCUCCAGAUCUCAACGUCUCGGGAUCAUCACUUCAGUUAGGAGCCAUGACCCUACAGAGACCUACCCUUCUGCUGCUGGCUGGCCUGCUGGUCCCUCUGAUCCUGGCAGCCCCCACAGGUGUGAGAGUCAAGCGCAACCUUCCCAACUGGGGGAUGAGCGCAUCCGACUUCUUUGGCUGGGUGGAGGAGCUCCGGAGAACCGGCGGCUACGAGAGGAUGGACGAGCUGGCCAAGACGUUCUGGGCUCACUUCCCGUCCGCCAACGGCCUCGGCUACGGAUCCCAUGAGCAAGACGAGUAGAAUAGGAGAGAGGGAGAGGGAGAGGGAUUCUUGGCUCUCAGGUUGUUGAAAAUACACUGUCGUAAAUUUUGUGGAUUAACUUCCAUAGGGACCCCAUGUAGGCCUAUUUCAUAUUUUUUUUUCAUUGCAUAACAUUUCUAUUAUUAAACCGUGGAAAGCUCAAAUCUGAAUAGUUUUUGUUUGAACUGAACAGAAUUGUAUUUUUUUCUUACUGCAACAAAAACUGCUUUGUUAUUUCCAGCAAUGGGUGGUGGUUGAUUGGAAAACAGUUGGAUGGUGUUUAUUGAUUAUUAAGUUGUCUUCUACAUUUUGCAAAUGCUACAUGAGGUCUAUCGUAUCGUCGUAUUGUUGAUAGAAUCACCCAUUGUGGUGUUUGUCUCUAGACUAUCAUCUUGUCAAGCUGUGUCCUGACUGGCAACCCAGUAACAUGGACAAAUAAAUAAACAAUGGCACCACAGGUGGGAUGGCAAAAAAAACAUUGUGACAAACAAGCAUGAAUCAAUCACUAAGCAUUCUUACAUCACACAAUCACAUUUACCUUUCUCACCAUUCCUUCUACUUUGAAGGAUAAAAGUGCUUCUGCUUUAUAACGAUUCCAUAUCAAAACCCCUGAACAGGAUUUAACAGACUAUGUGUGUUCAAGGAGCCCCAUCGAGCUACAGUUUCCCUCCUCUGGAAGGUUGGAGGACAGCUAUGACCCCCUGCUGUAUCUUAGAAAAUGGCACGAUUUUGAGCGUUGAGUCCCCUAUCAGAGGCAGAGCUGAUAGCAACUCUACCCAUACCUAGGAAGACUUUGAAGGAAGGUUUCUCUCUGUGAGUGAGGACGCAUGUACAAGAAGAGGGUAAGAGUACCCGGGACUUGGCCUUCAUGUAAUAUUCAUAGUGCCGGCAAUUGGAACCAACCAUGCCAGAGGAGACGGUCCUAAAACUCAUCCUCAAAAAUAGCUUAUCUUAGCUUAUCCAGACUGUGGAUUUGCUGGCAUGGUUGGGACAGCAGCUAGCAAAGGAUACACAAAAUCAUUUCUUUUGUUUUUAGUAUGAUCAACGGAAAAGCCGAACAAACAAGGGGCUCAAUGAAAACCCCCCAUCUUAUCCCCCUUGGCCAAACCCUUGGACCAACUAUACACAGGUUUAUUAUUGGAGGUGGAAGGGUAGUCAUGCUUGAGCUACUGGUGUGACAGUAGCUGAAGGUAGAGGGGGUAGACUGGUUACCGGAGGUUUUUACCAGGUUGCAAGUUCGAUCCCCGGCUCCUCCUAGCGAGUGUCGAGGUGUCCCUGAACAAGACACCUCACCCUGACUGCUCCCGACGAGCUGGCUGUCGCCCUGCGUGGUUUUCUCUGCCGUCAGUGUGUGAAUGUGCGAAUGAAUGGUUUGGAUAAACGCUUUAGCAAAAUCCCCUAAAUUUAAAUGUAAAAAUGUUCCAAACUACAAUCCGCUUAAGCCCAUUAAUGAUCUCUGUACUUAUGUUUCCUUGGUUUAACCAAUCAAAGGUAUCUUUGUCAUACUCAGCAUGGUCACAUUUUAUGUUGUAGGAAACGGUGGAGAUAAUGCUUCCUCCAACACUUUCAGGUAUGAUGUUGAAGGAUUUGGAGAGCUACCAAAUCCAGAAUAUUUGUAUUUCAGUUGUAAAGGUUCACCUAUUAUGAACAAAUUUGGUUGAUUUAGUUAAGAAUUACAAACUGGAAUGCUUAUUUAAACCUGUAAUAACCGUUGUGCUAUCUGUGCGUUUGGUCCUGUUGAGAGCGGGUAUGCGGCAUUAUGGGCUGACUGAGAAUAAAGAAUUUACAAAUAAUUGCGGAGAAAACGUUACUUUACAGGCACAAAUAUUGACCUGUCAAGAUGGAGUAGCUCUUACUCUGUAGGCCAUCCUGCUCCUUCAACCACCCUGUUUGAACAAAGCCACAGUACAUUGGAUUCACAAGUAUAGUAUGUAACAUUUUAUCCAUCUAAAAUCUGAAGACUGAGUCUGAUGAGAUGCUGAUGCUGAUGGCUGUUAUGUCUUUAAUUGAAAGCAUGCAAUAUUCGAUAUUCUUCUGGUGAAGGACAAUAAUGUACGGUCAAAUUUAUGCUAAAAUAGCUUUGUCAAUGCUAUGGAUGUAGGUGGGUCCCCAAGAAAAGAAAAAUGUAAAUAUGAAAAUACAGAAAAAAAGAACGAAGUCCCUGUGCACAGCCUUUUGAUUCUCAGGUGCUGGUGAUGUGCAGUCACCAAUAGUAUAUCAAGGCAAAGAAGUGUAAAAUCACCGCACACUGGUAUAUGCUGAUAAGCUGUUUAUUUUGUGAACGACGCGUUUCGCUGUUGCUUCGUCAGGUUCACUCUUCAAAUUCACAUGACACCGACAGGUGAUUUAGGUGAUUUACAGGGUCACAUGACCUCACCAAUUAGUGCAAUACAACACCAAAUCAAAACUCCAUGCUCAAAUACAAUACAGUCCAAGGCAUCACAAAAAAGAAUGUUCACAUAAGAUGCAUCCAAGGUUCACGUAUCAAUAACAAUGUCCAAAUUAAAGCACAUAUACGAUUAAGCUGUCACAAGGAUAGGCUACACUAAAUAUCAGGCUCACAUAUCAUAAAUGGCAAUGUGAAAAUGUAGAUGCUAAAACACCAGAAGAUUUAAACUUUCACAAAAA